UUUGUUUUCUCUCUCCAAAAGAAACUGACAGAAAUCUUUUCUAGCUGUGCAAUAGCCUGUUUUCCGCCAGUGGGGAAAAGGGGAGAGAAAUCAACCCUUCUUCUCUCCCCCAAUACCCCUUUCCGACCGCCCAAUUAUGCCUUGGAUUAGUUCCCUUUCUUCCAACUUUUGUUCCUUCUAUCACCGCCGCCGAAGCCACCACUACACUGUUCAAAUAUUUUCUAACUAUUUCCGCCAUUGCCAUCAUCAUCAUCAUCUUUUAUAGCCUACGUGUCUUAUGCCAUGUUCUUUUUUCCUACUUUACCAGUCCUUGGAUCCGCCAUCGAUUUUGCCACCAUCUCCUUCAUUGCUGCCCUCCUCCUCCUCUCUCUUUUCUCUAUCUGUUUCAUAUUUCGCCUCCGUUUUAAAUCCAGAGGCUGCCGUCAUUUGCAGAAUUUCAACUCUCUCUGGACCUUUCGAUUCGUUUUUGUCUUCUUCAUCAUGUUCUGGGCCUUGACCGAACUGCUACGCCUACCCUUGUUUCGCAGACGAUACUAUUUUCCUCUCUUGCCACAGCUAACUGUGCCACAACAAGCCAACCUCUGUAAAGUCCACCUUGUUCUCUCUUUGGGGUUCUUCGAGCCUGGUUUCCUAGUGACCUUACUUUUCUUGCUUGAUGUCUCCGUCAAGCAAACAACCCCAACAAGCUUCUUCAGUGUUUUAUUCGUCUUGACCUCGUGUCUUCCCAUUUUCCUUUUACAAGUUUACUUUGUCUUCUUUCCGGAUUCGAAGGUACGUUUCCCAGAACUUUUUCAUAGGAGCUGGUUCGUCUCCUGGCAUAACCAUGAUCAUACGACGGUUUUGUGUGCCUACCCCUUGCUAAGCACCAUUUUUUUCAGCAUUUUUGGUGCUUUCUUUACGUUGUCAUUUUUGUUAUCAUUCUGGAGAGUUGUCUCUCAUGUAAUCAACAAGGCCCUCAGGGUUCGAAUCUUUGCCCUCGCUUUGACAGUCAUCAUAGGGUUGCCAUUGCAAAUCCUGUUUAUGGGGUUGUCUGUUUUCUGGACACCAGACAGGACCGCCUUUGAUGGAGUAGCUCUAUUACUGUUCCUUAGCAUUUUCAUGUGCGCAGUGGUUGGAGAGGGCAUUUUGGUGAUUAAACCGAUCGCAGACUCGUUGGCCGCGGGAGAAGGAGGAGUAGGAGAGAGUUGCCGGGGGAGUAGUCCCCCUGUGGAGGAUGGGCUUGGUACUGUGUAACGAAAUGGGAUGCCUGAGUCCCUGAUUAUUUAGCGGUGGAUUUCGAUGGUGGUAUGGGAGGCAAUUUGGUCGAUUUUAAAAGAUCAAAUCAUCAGGCUGAGAAGAAUUCAGAGUGCAAAUAUUUGAAGGUAGCGAUU